GCGUGCAGUACCAGGACCCCGGACGACCAGAAGAAGAUUCCGCGGCAUCUGACUUGCUUGACCAAUUCAAGUUUACCUCCGCAUCUCGGCGUGGUCAUGGCAAUCAAGGAGGGUAUAUAUCGCCCUUGUCCUGCGCGCCCUCCUUUCCUUUCCGUCCCGCGUGUUCCACCCCGCGAGCACCGCCGUCAUUACCGUCGACCUGCGUUCUCCGACGCCUGCCCUUUAGUCAGCGACCAUGGCAGAUGCCUCCCCCGCCCCCUCAGCUAUGAACCCAGCCCAUGCUGCACAUGGCCCGAUGCUGCUGGGCACAUUCUUCAACUGCAUCUUGUACGGGAUCUCAAUCACACAGACCUACUUGUAUUGGAACAGCUUCUCCAAGAAGGAUGCCUGGUACAUCAGCAGCUUCGUGGCCUUCCUAUUCGCAGCAGACACCGUACACACCGGCUUCACGAUCGGUUACAUGUACAACUGUCUCAUCAACAACUUUGGAAAUGGGAAUUUCUUGGCGAAGGCGGACUGGCUCUUCUCGACGGACCCCGCAUUGACCGGUAUAAUCGGCGGCACCGUGCAGAUUUUCUUUGCAUGGCGAGUCAAGAUCCUCACGGGGAACAUAUGGUUGGCCCUUGUUAUCGUCGCCUGUUCCGCGGCAUCGCUGCUGGCCGGCAUCGGUACGGCGAUUGCGUGCGGUAUCGUGCCUAUGUUCGCGGAUUUUCUAAAGUUCAAGGUCGUGGUCGCGCUUUGGCUCGCCGCAUCCUCUGUCUCAGAUGUGCUCAUCACCAUCACGUUGGUGUACCACCUGCGUCAACACAGGACAGGCUUCGUGUCCACGGACUCGCAUGUCGACCGCAUCAUCCGACUAACCGUGCAGACAGGCGAGCCUGAUAUGCAUCUCAUGCUCAACUUCGCGCUGUCGAAGCUGUACACUAACUCCCUCAUGUCGAGUCUGAACGGCCGCAAGGGCUGGCAGUACAGCGACAGCAAGCAAGAGACGUCGGGCAUGACCCAGUCAAGAGAGCGCGGCACGCGCAGGACGGACGUCGUCAACCUCAGUGGAGCACGACCCGAGGUAUUCGUCCAGGUUGAAUCGCACGCCAUGGUCGACAUGGUCGACGAGACGAAGGGCAGUCUCACCGACGGCAUGCGCAGCGGUUGGGACGACAGCAAGCACCAUCAAGGCAACGCCGUGUAAGCACCCAAAUCUGCUGUCUCCUUCCUGUACUCGUCGCUCGGACUGUUCUACUACCUGCAUACGUCCCGCCAAAUACGCCCGACGUUGUAACAAAAUACACGCUCCCUUUUCUCUAGACGGCCCGCCG